UGCCGAUACCAAGCAGCCGAUGCGCUAAAAUACAAAAACUGCAACAAGAAAAGGAUUGAGCCGGUCCUAAAACAUGGAUUUAGAUCUAGAUCUAGAUUUUAAUCUAGAUCUAAAAGAUAAUGGGUCAGCACACUGGGCUGUCAGCCACGAUUUGAGUGAACGGUUGUGUCACCCACCCAGUGAACCUCAAGCUGCUGACACCUGUGGCUUAUGUGAUGGGUUCAACUCAAGUGCUCUGGGGUUGUUUUAUGUGGCCAUAUUAAGCGUAUUGACACUGAUCUCCCUUUGCUUGCUAUGGGUGUCUGUAAUGAUGAGACGGAGCUUAGUAAAACUGCAUGCUGAACUGAUCAUGAUCAGAAAACAACAAGAAGAAUUGAUAGAAACAGCAAAUGUUUUGAAACAAAUGGUGGAACUUUAUAUCUCACUCAACCAAAUAGAUCAACAGGAUGAAAUGAUGAGACAGCCAAUUAGAGCAAUAGGGUGAUAGGAUGAGACAGCCAAAUAGAUCAAUAGGAUGACAGGAGGAGACAGACAAACCGUCAUUUAAUUUUUUUUAAAAUCAUUCUUAAAGUAAUUGUUUGUGAGUAGUUUUUUCUAUUUAAAUGUUAACUACUUUAGUUGUACGUGUCUACUCACACAACUGUUGUAUGUGGUAUAAAUAAAAUGGAAUCUACAAUUCUUGAGCUGUAUCACCAUUUAAAUACUGUGUGCCGUAUACCCUCCAGACUAGUCCCACCCCUUCCACCUAAUUCCUGU